UUCAUCAUGUAAACACGCACCGGGCAACCAACUCGAAACAUGCUGUCUCCAACUUAAGGUUGAUCGACUUUCAACUUCACAUGCUCUACUUACCAACCUAGCUUCCAGCGUUUGCAAUUCCAGCGCCCAUGUCUCACAGUUCGGUUGGUCUGCCGAAUGGCACGAAUGGAAUCCAACGCCCAACCUCGGCUCUCAACAUAUAUUCUCCUCGGUUCCACAUUCUGACGGCGCCUCGUCGUCUUUCUUUGUUCGGUCGUGUCCCAUUGCAGCGGUAAGCUGAAGAGGUAGCUUGGCCUGUUGCAUCAGAUAUUUCACAGCUCAGACUCUACACACAUCGUUUUGUCUUUGUUCAAUAUCUGCCAUAUAUCACCGAGGAGCUUUGUCAUGCAGGACUGAAUCUGACUCCACGGCUCGAGAAGUUGGUUCCUUUCAAAGCAGCUCCUUUCUUUGACUCCGUCACCCGUCAAGGAAGACGACACAGACGCAGGCCGACAAAAGACAAAAAGAUGGACGCGUCCGUUAUCAUUACCAUGCUCUCACCAAGAAACCAGCAACAACCUCUUGGCCGAUCUGCACCAAACAUAUACUACUGACUGAACCUCGAACCACUACCCGCCAACCAGUUCAUCUGUGUCUCGUUGAGGUUGUCAGGGUUCAAAACAGCAAAGCCGGCUAAUCAAUAUGGAGACACGGACAAGAGCACGGCCAACACUAGAGCCAGUGCAAACCAGACUAUUGCACCAUGGAUCGCCUGGAUCGCCACGUCGUCGUCCGUCUAUUUUCGAGCCAGCACUGAGGUCCCAUUGUCUCCCAAGUCCUCUCCAUUUGAGCACGCCAGGACUGGACCAAGGAAUGAGGCGGCACGAGCGAGCAAUGCUGGACAGUCUCGAUCAGCGGAGACCUUCUCAGGCUCGCAAAGACUCUGCUCACUUGCUGCCCCCGAUCCCCGAGCAAAGUCCACCAUCACGAGAACGCCCGUAUGAUGCCUACUCACCUCCUCCUACCUUGGCAGCUCGGACUCGCAAUCACCUCCUGUACGGAAUUUCCGAUUCCCACCUUUCACCUACUAGCACUCAUGCGGGUAUAGGGCGCCGCCAGUCGAUGCCCACGGGUGUGCCAUCAGCGUUACCCACAUCGAUACCUUCGGCAGCGUUACCAUCACCCGUGCGGGCCGUGCAUCGGCAAAUUGGCAUAGGCCGACAAAAGGCUCAGGAGCUUCAUGGAAGGCAUAUCUUUCAAGGAUGUUUUGUCAAGGCAGUCGAUCUCCGGAAAUUUAGCGAGAGCUCAGCAAGUGGCGAUAAUACAGCUCUCCGAGAGGUGGUGAUGGAUGAUAUGGGUCAGAAACUCAGAUAUGCUGCGAGAGCAUGGUCGCCUGGAAAACCUGAAGGUCGUCACUUUAUCAAGUACUUUUCCCAGGCAGAACUGAGAAAGGCCAUACCAAAAGACGCCCCGGAGCCAUUGGUCGUACCCAGGCAUGCAACAGAUCACCCAAGUCCGAGGAGAGCUUCUCUCAGCACCUCUCAGAGGCGCCGUUUGGAUAAGGAGCAUCGUCGAUCGUCCGCCCCGAUGCAAUCAGCAGACCCGUGGAGCGAAAUGGCACUACCAAUUCACUAUCAUCUAGCACGCUACUUCUUCCCGCUUGUUGCUGUAUAUCUGCAGAGUGGGAAUGUCGAACCUGAGGACAUCUUGGAACUGCCGAUGCCUCACCCAAAGGCGUGGUAUCAAACCUUCCGCUACGCGUGUACUGAGCAGGGAGAGUUAACGGAUGCCAUCAGGGAGAACAUCAAACACCUAGGAGGGAGAGUGUGAAUGGAGCGAACUGCCUCAUUGUGCAUACCAGAAAUAGCCGUAUAACGAGUGUUGGGUUGUGAAAUAGUCUAGGACAAAAGGAAAGCGGCUUAUAGUCGAAGCAGCAAUGUCAUAUGAUCCCAGACGGGAACUCCGCUACCAUA